CGUCGUCUUGGAGACUUACCCCGUCACGGGGGAGCAGCAUCGGCUUCCUAAGCUGCCGGAGCACAUGUACCCGCCCCAAUACCCGUUGGGUUUCAACUGGGCCGCGGCGGUGCUCUGUGCCGCAGUGGAAGGAGGCUGCGAGCCUGCGACCACCUCGACUGCCACCGCAGCCCGUUCCUCGCGGUUUUCCUGUGCGCCGGCCCAAGGAGGCUCUCGCCUGCGUCUACUCGUCGGAGACAGGUGUAUAGAGCGGACCAGCCACUGCUCAGCUCCGCAGUGCCUGCUCCACCUGGAUGUGUGCCCAGUGCCCUUGUGGGGAAUGCACUCCACUUCAUGUCUGGUAAAUGGGGGAGGAGCAAGAAAAUCCUGAAACAUGUUUUGGGCACGCAGGAAAUCUCUCUGAUUCACUUGCCACACAAACCCUAUAAUCGCAGAGAGCUCAUGACAAUAGCGGAUGGUAGUCUGGGAUUCGUCGCUGUGGAUGGGUCAAACUUUGCCUGUGGUCCAUGGUGUCUGGUACCAAUGCAAGCUGGGCACUAAGCCACAUCAUUGAUCUCAAGACAAUUGGUACCUUGCCGGCAUUGCUUACUACAAUUUGUUGUGUGGAUGGCAUGGCUACCAUUUUGAUGGGGAUAAAGGAUCGGGAAUUUUUUGUUGUUAAUCUGAAGUCUCGGCAGAUUAGGAAGAUACCUGAGGGCCUUAUUGCUUACCCUGCAGUUCCCUACAUGAGCUUCUACACUCCAGCACUUGGGGCAGCCUCUACGAGCAAGGGGCCAAGAGAAGGUUCUUCAAGUUCAUGAAGUACUUAAUGGCGCAAGGUCUUCUAAAUCAAGAAUGAAGUGUCCUGCGGUGAUUGUAGAGGGGAAUAGUGAGUUAUUUUGGCUGCAUAACUCUUUAGGACUUGCGAUUUUCUGCUGGGCCUGUUAUGCUAAUCUUCAUGCUUUGGCAUCUACUUCAUUGGGCAGAGGAGAGAAGACAUCAAAAGGGACAUGGAGAGAAGUUGUGGGUUGUCUUGCCUUACUUCUCUACUGAUAUGUCAUAUGGAUGCUAUUGUGCUUGCAGGUGGAAGAAUUUUGUAUUGGCGUCCCCUUCAGCAAAGCAAUGUAUGUGAUCCGGGCUCGCUGCCGAACUAAGGUUCUUUGUAAAGAGGCUGUUUCGCUGUUUGGAUUUCAAAUUGCGGAACACGGCCAAGGCGUUGAAGAGUUGGAGUGCUAAAAGGGUCGGGUCGGUUCGCCUUCAGCUAGCGAUCGCUAAGGAAAUUGUUUUCAGGUUGGACACGGCCCAAGAUACUAGGCUGUUGGCGCCCCACGAACUGUCAUUACAGGCAACAUUCCCAGCAUGCCAUUUUUUGUGAAGGACGCUGGAAGAUGCUGGCAGCAGUGUUUGCAGCAGCUAGGUGGUUUCUGCCCGUUGUCUGCACAAUCACAACACAUUCGGAGCAUCAAAACGGACCGCAUUGACUGUUUUGCAUCUCGAUUUGCAAAACCUGUCUGAUUUUCUAGCUGCUUUGAUUUCACCGUUUGUUGCUCAAAUGCAGAAUCGUCCUGCUCCAACUCUGUGUGGCUGUCUGCAAUUUAUAACAUCAUGGCGUUUUUGAGAUGCGCGAAUGCACAAUGUUGUUCAGUUAUUCAGCCUAAAUUGUUUACUUUUUCAGACGUUCAGGCACAGCAGCAGCAGGGGGGAAUACGAAACCGUGGAGUUCCCUCAAAUCCCAGUUGAACUGUACAGCCCCCCUCUCGCAGUCUCGCUGCCUUCUAGGCCCCACCUGGCAGAGACCCUGCUCGAGCUGGUUGAACCAAUCCGGGGCAAGCGGCUCGGCGCGUCAUCCCGCCCGAGCCCGACCGACGAAACCCUCGCACCGCUGCCGGCGUCCGCCCGACCGACCAAGCGGAGCAGAAUGCCGCCGCCGGCGCUGGCCGAUGAUCAAAUCGAAGAGAUCCUCCUCCGCUUCCCCCCGGAAGAGCCCGAGCUCCUCGUCCGCGCCGCCCUCGUCUCCAAGCGCUGGUUCCGCCUCAUCUCCGACCCCGGCUUCCGCCGCAGGUUCCGGGAGCUCCACCGCGCGGCCCCGAUGCUGGGGUUUUUCUGCGGCGACUACCGUACAUCCCGCUUCGUCCCUACCUCCUCCGCCCCCCUGGCCCACGCCAUCCGCGGCGAUUGGCGCCCCGUGGACGCGCGCCACGGCCGCGUCCUCCUCAGCGCCGCUUCCUGGCAUCGUUUCUUGUUCGGCUGUUCGGGGGACGACCUCGUCGUCUGGGACCCCGUCACGGGCGACCACCACCGGCUUCCCAAGCUUGCGGAGCACAUGUAUCCGCACACGUACCAGAUCUGAUUCAACUGGACUGCGGCGGUGCUAUGUGCCGCGGCGGAGGGCGGCUGCGACCACCUUGACUGCCACCGCGGCCACUUCCUCGUUGUCUUCGUGUGCACCGGCUCAAGGGAGGCGGUCGCCUGCGUCUACUCGUCGGAGACUGGUGCAUGGAGCGGGCCAGCCACUGCUCAGCUUCGCCGUGACCGCGUCCAUUUGGCUGUGCCCAGUGCCCUUGUGGGGAAUGCACUCCACUUCAUGUCUGGUGACUAUGGGAAGAGCAACAAAAUCCUGAAAUAUGAUUUGGGCACGCAGGAAAUAUCUCUGAUUCGCUUGCCUCAAAAACUCUAUAGUCAGUUUACUCUCGGGACAAUGGCGGAUGGUGGUCUGGGAUUCACCUCCGUGUAUGGGUCCAAAUUGACCUGUGGUCAAGGGUGUCUGGUACCAAGGGAUAUGCAAGAUGGGCACAAAGCCAAGCUAUUGAUAUCGGG